CUUGGGGCUGCUCUUGCACAGGCUUACCGGGUUGGGCGGGUUUACCGGGGAGGGCUUAGACGUGGGGUCUGGGUUCCCCGCCCGCCGACGACAUGGAUGAGGAUGGGCUUCCGCUCAUGGGGUCGGGCAUAGACCUGACCAAGGUGCCCGCUAUUCAGCAGAAAAGAACGGUGGCAUUUCUAAACCAAUUUGUGGUGCACACGGUACAGUUCCUCAACCGCUUUGCGACGGUGUGCGAGGAGAAACUGGCAGAUCUUUCUCUUCGCAUCCAGCAAAUUGAAACAACCCUCAAUAUUUUAGAUGCAAAGUUGGCAUCUAUUCCGGGCCUUGAAGUAGUUGUUCCUGUGAAUGACACAAGUAGUACAAAAGUCACACAGCCUGAAACCACUUCAGAGCAAUCACAGCAGAACAGUUUACAAGACUCUGGACCACAGGAAAGUGAAGUAACAGCAGAAAAUAUCUUAACUGUAGCCAAGGAUCCAAGAUAUGCCAGAUAUCUCAAAAUGGUUCAAGUGGGUGUUCCAGUGAUGGCAAUAAGAAACAAAAUGAUAUUGGAAGGGCUAGACCCAGAUCUUCUUGAGAAACCAGAUGCCCCAGUGCCUCACGAAGAAGGUGAAAAAAACACAGAAGACAGUUCAGAGAGUGAAUCUUCUUUUAGUGACUAAACUUAAUUUUGAUAAGAAGUACACAUAUAGCAGUAGUUUUAUAAGAAAGAGAGCCUGAGUUGAAACGUCCAGUCACAAAAACACGAAGUGACCGCCUUUCUCCCACUGAGUGCCCUCUGCUAGGAGAAAUAAAAUGUUUAUAACCUCCUAGUCUGUCUUAUUGCUAAGUAAUGCAGUAAGAACUUCAGAGAUGGAGAUGAGACUGUAAUACUUAGGGACACAAUGAAUAUCCCAAGUGAAGUCAGUGGGAAACCAGAGGAAAAGC